UUUUCAACGAGUGGGUGAAGGAGCUUGUACGCGCAGCCAGUCGAGGUGUAAAGCAUACCAGCGGUCGUAGGGAGGUCAGACAGCAGUAACAACAUCACAACCAGUUACAACUGAGGGCAACAAUUGGUGUUGCUCUGCGUGUGGGGAUGGAUGUCCUAACGUGUCCAACUGCAGCAGGUUCCUAGGCAUGAGUGUGAGUUCGCGUUGGACAACUAUAAAGCGUGCGUCACUGUGUAGAACGUGCCUCCGCAAGCACCCAGGUGCAUGCCCUGUAACUACGUUGUGCGGAGUAAAUGGGUGCGAACGCCGUCAUCAUCAGUUGUUACACUCGUCCGGUAGCAGCCAACUAUUAUCAGACAUCCCGCCAGAAUUGAGUCGAGUCAACACCAGCUGUAACGUGCAUUCUGCUACUUCCGGAGGAGUUAUGUUCAAGUAUGUGCCGGUUACGUUAUAUGGGAAUGGGAAGAAGGUUGAUACUAUCGCUAUUUUAGAUGACGGAUCGUCGGCAACGUUUAUGGAACAUGACUUGCUGAGACAGCUAGGCAUCAGUGGCAAGCAUCGUCCAUUAUGCAUAUCGUGGACCGGUAACCAAAGCAGGGUUGAAGACGAGUCCGUAGAAUUAUCUGUUAAGAUAUCUGGCGUUGGGUCAUCUUUCAUAUAUGACAUGAACACGGUCCAUACAGUUCGUACCCUUGGCUUAUGUGAUCAAUCAGUAGAACCGAGGCAAUUAGCCACUCAGUAUAGCCAUUUGAGAGGUCUUCCACUACCAUUAUAUCAAAAUGCCUCGGCGAAGGUCCUAAUUGGCAUUGAUAAUUGCUUCUUGAGCCAAACCCUUAAAACGGUCGAAAGAGGGACAAACGAGCCGUCAGCAUCAAAAACCCGACUUGGAUGGGUAGUUUACGGGCCAUGCUCAAGUAGCGCAUCAGAUUGUAACCGGUACGACGGAAAUACAUUUAUGAACGUCCAUAUCUGCCCCUGCAAUAAAAAAAAAGACGAUGAGAUGGAUCUGGCUCUAAAAGAAUACUUCUCUUUAGAAUCGCUAGGAGUAUAUCGACCAAUGAAACAAUUGCGCUCUGAUGACGAAGAACAUGCGCUUAAAAUUCUUUCCUCGAAUGUUCGGUUGGUAGAUGGGCAUUUCGAAGCGAGCCUUCUGUGGAAGUACGACACAAUAAAACUUCCUGAUAAUAAAGCGAUGGCUUUGAGGCGUCACGAAUGUCUGGAGAGAAAACUGCGCCGUAACCCAGAACUGAAUAAAGCCAUGCACUCCAAAAUUGCAGAGUACGAACAAAAGGGGUACAUCAGAAAGCUUUCACCGAUAGAACAAAGCAGCAAAAAGUCAAAUGACUGGUUCCUACCGAUUUUUCCUGUCACGAACCCGAACAAACCUGGCAAGAUACGAGUAGUAUUUGAUGCUGCUGCAAAGGUGAAUGGGGUCAGCCUAAACUCGUUUUUACUGACCGGACCGGAUCAACUUGUAGGACUGCUCACGGUUCUUUAUAAAUUUCGGGAAUAUAAGGUAGCAGUGACCGGUGACAUUCGAGAAAUGUUUUUUCAAGUGCGGAUGAACCCGCGAGACCAACGAAGUCAAAUGUUUCUCUGGAAUGAUGGAGAAAUUGGAAGCACUCCUCAACAAUAUGUGCUACAGGUUAUGACGUUUGGUGCAGCAUGUUCUCCAAGCACCGCGCACUAUGUAAAAAAUCUGAACGCAGAAAGAUUUGAAGAACAAUAUCAAAGGGCAGUCGAAUGCAUCAAAUAUGAGCACUACGUUGAUGACAUGCUCUCUAGUAUAGAAACUGAAGAUGAAGCUAUCCAAUUAGCACAGGAAGUUUGCUUCAUUCACUCACAAGGCGGAUUUGAGAUCCGUAAUUGGUUGUCCAAUUCAUCAAAGGUUAAAGCUGCAAUGAACCGGGUUGAGCCUGGAGCAGAAGCACCCGUCGAAGUUGAACUUGCGACAGAGAAAGUACUCGGCAUGUGGUGGAACACGGAGACGGAUGUGUUCACGUUUAAAAUCUCUCCACGAUAUGAGCCGCAUACAUUACUACAAGGACGAGUACCUACAAAGAGAGAGAUUUUGAAAAUACUCAUGUCUAUAUAUGAUCCUCUGGGGCUAAUUGGUCACCUUCUCAUGUACCUGAAGAUCCUGCUGCAAGAAGUGUGGCGCGCAAAGACUCAAUGGGAUGAAGAAAUUUCUGGUAGUUUGCUUGUGAAAUGGCAAACAUGGGUAUCCGUUCUGCCUAGUUUACAAUUUGUGAGCAUACCGAGGUGUUACCGGCAGGCCACGCAUUUAAAUCAAUGUCACAUAGAACUUCACAUCUUCUGCGACGCCAGUGAGAACGGGAUGGCCGCUGUAGCCUACUUUAGAUUCGAAAGAGACGGGCUGAUAGAAUGUGCAUUGGUGGGCUCAAAAACUAAAGUUGCACCGAUAUCCUUCACAUCCAUACCAAGGUUAGAGCUUCAAGCGGCAGUCAUAGGAACACGAUUGGCCCAAACAAUAAAAAGCUCGCAUCGUCUGCAAAUCACUCGUGAAGUGUAUUGGACGGAUUCACGAACCGUCAUUAGCUGGAUUAAUGCAGAUCACCGAAAGUAUAGCCAAUUCGUUGCCGUACGCAUCAGCGAAAUUGUGGAAACCUCUAAUGCUGUAGAUUGGAACUGGGUGUCCACGAAAAUGAACGUAGCCGAUGAAGGGACAAAAUGGCAAAAGGUUCCGGAACUCGGGCCCACCAGCAGAUGGUUCCGCGGUCCCGAUUUCCUAUGGAAAUCGACCAGUGAGUGGCCAAAAAAGGAAAUGGAACCGGGUGCAACGGACGAAGAAAUACGCCACAAAUUACUGCACCACUCGAUGUAUAUGCCACUAUUAGAGUUCACUCGUUUUUCUAAGUGGCAGCGACUGCUACGAGCAGUUGCAUACGUAUACCGCUUCAUAACAAAUUGUCGAAAGGGUAAACUAAAACAACGAGGAGAGCUUACGCAGGAUGAACUGGUACAAGCUGAAAAUGCAAUCUAUCGACAAGCUCAGAGAGACGAAUAUGCGGAUGAAAUCGGGAUGUUAAGCGAUAUCGAGCUACAAUGUCAGCCUUGGAAAAAGCCACUCAAAAAGACUAGCCCGCUAUACCAACUGAGCCCUUUCAUCGAUGAACACAAAGUCCUGCGAAUGAAGGGAAGAAUCGAGAAAUGCAUGUGGGUUGGCGAUGACACCAAACGACCGGUGAUAAUUCCAAAUAACCACUAUGCCACCGAACUAAUAAUCAGUUGGUAUCACGAGAAAUAUCGGCACGCGAACCAUCAAACAGCACUCAAUGAAAUUCGACUUAAAUAUCACGUUCCGAAGCUCAAGAGCACUUAUAGCCGAGUAAGACGCUGUUGUCAAUACUGCAAGGUAUAUAAAACCGCUCCACAAAAUCCUGCUAUGGGAGACCUCCCGUACCAACGGCUAGCUGCCUACCAGCAUCCAUUUUCUUACACCGGGAUCGACUACUUCGGACCGAUGAUAGUAGCAGUCGGAAGAAGAACCGAAAAACGCUGGGGGGUGAUUUUCACCUGCCUCACUACCAGAGGAAUACACAUCGAGGUUGCGCAUAGUCUUUCUACAGACUCGUGUAUUUUCGCGAUCCGCAAUUUCACCGCUAGAAAGGGACUGCCACUGGAGUUCGUUAGUGAUAGAGGCACCAAUUUUGUAGGCGCAUCUCGUGAACUGAAGGAAGCUGCUGCACUGAUUGAUGUGGACCGGUUGAUGGCAGAGUUUGUGCAACCCGGGACAAAGUGGGUUUUUAACCCACCUGCAGCACCGCAUUUUGGUGGGUCAUGGGAGAGAUUGAUCCAAUCAAUAAAAAAGACGCUUGCCUCCUUUGACCUUCCUCAUCACCCCACCGAUGAGCUAUUACGGGCUAGGUUGAGUGAAGUGGAGCUGAUUGUUAACUCACGACCCCUGACAGAAAUUCCACUCGAAGAUGAAGCUGAAUCUCCCUUAACGCCAAAUCAUUUCAUUUUAGGCAGUUCGAACGGAAGCAAGCCUCCGCUACCCUUUGACGAUUCCACUCCGUCCGUGCGUAAAUCCUGGAAAUCAGCACAACAGUUUGCAGACAUGUUUUGGAAGAGAUGGGUAAUCGAGUACCUACCAACACUAACGAAGCGAUCGAGAUGGUACAAGCAGACGAAACCAUUAGAUGAAGGCGACUUGGUAUUGGUUGCGGAUGGAAACAACCCGCGGAACUGCUGGCCUAGGGGACGAAUUGUAAAGGUGUAUCGAGCUGCUGACAAUCAAGUGCGGCGCGUAACUAUACAGACAAAUAGUGGUUUGUUAGAUAGACCGGCAGUAAAUGUUGCUAUAUUGGAGGUCGGCACAACGAAGCUAAGUCGCUGAGAGCGACUUACCGGGGGGGAGAAUGUUACGA